AUGGCAAAGGGUGUUCCAGCAGUAACAGCACGCAAGGUCCGUAAACUUCUCUGUCUGCAUGGCUAUACUCAAAAUGCGACAGUGUUUCGAAAACGUACGGCUGUUUUUCGCAAGGAUAUUUCUACUCACUAUGAGCUCGAGUUUGUAACAGCACCCCAUCAAGCCAACGUGCCUGCUCGCACUGAUGCUACAAACGUUUUAUCCAUGUUGUCUAAAACGUUGAAUGAUGGGAGUAGAAAUGGAUCGUCUGAAGAUACUGAUGAACAACGGGCAUGGUGGGUUGCUUCAGAUUGUGGAACAGUAUACCAAGGACUGGAUGAAUCGCUAAAAAUGCUGGAACAAGUAUGGCAUAGUCGAGGGCCAUUUGAUGGAAUAUUGGGAUUUUCACAAGGUGCUACAAUGGCGUGGCUAUUAGCAGGCUAUCUGCAUCGCACAUAUAGAGUAAAACUACAGGCUGAGCCACUAUCUAACACAGAUGCUGGCGCAUUUAAUACAUCACUAGACGAUCAGUCAAAAUCUGCCUCUGCAAUACCAUUGAUGGUUGUUGCUGUAUCUGGCUUUGUACCAAAGUCUGAUCACGGACUUGCUUUAAUCAAAGAUGCUGGAGAAGCAAAGAUUCGGGGGUUACAUAUUAUUGGUCGUAGCGAUACUUGGGUUGAUCCGAUUCGUAGUGAGCAAUUAGCAAUGAUGCUUAAAAGUAUAAGCUCAAGUUGUACAAGUACCUUGUUGGAAUCACCUUUAGCACUGAAAACGAAUUCACAAGAAAGUCCUAAUGACCACCAAAUGAUGAUGAAUGAGUCCAAUCCUGCUUCGCCAACUACUACGUGCGAGUCAAAUGGCAUUGACGGACCUAUUCAAUCUAUCUUGUAUCACGAUGGCGGGUAUGUCAAUUUAACGAUCAAGUUUAUUUGA